AUGGCUGUCGUGAUCCUCAGUGACCUUCAUCCCGAGGUCGAGCGCCUAUAUGCAUAUGACUUCCCCGCCAACGCCCCCAACCUUGCUCUGCUAGGAGAUAUUGGCUGGACAAGAGACGACCGACUGUUUGAUUGGCUGCGUGAAACAGUAUUCUUCGUUUGUGGGAACCAUGAGCCAUACGGCGUCGACACUACCGUGAACGACAGCAUGGAGAGGAUACGCAGUUUCCAGCAGUCGUCGUCAGGCAAAUUCAUCGUCCUCGACCGCACUCGCUUCGAUGUCUCAGCGACCCUCACUAUCCUCGGCUGCACCCUCUGGUCAGCUUUAAAUCCAGACUGCCUCGAUAUCCUUUCCUGGAGUCUCACUGAUUUCAAACGCAUUCAUGCCUUUGACCCAGCGUCCUAUAAUACCCUUCACCCGGCCGACUUGGCCUGGUUGUGCGAGUCUGUCGAGGCCAUUCGUCGCGACGAACCUCACCGUCGUGUUGUCGUACUCACCCACCACGCACCCACCAUUGAGGGAACUGGUGACCCAAAGUACACUGGCGGACCAACGAACUCUGCAUUUGCCACCGAGCUUACCGAGUCCCCAUGCUGGGGUGCACCCGUUCACAUGUGGGCUUUUGGUCAUAUCCACUGGUGCUGUGACUUUGAGCGGAACGGUGUCAGAGUAUAUGCCAACCAACGCGGUCAUGGAGCUGGAGCUCUAGGGUUCGACCCCAGCAAAUUGGUUCUAGUGUAA